AUGGAGAAACUCAGUCUGAACGACCCUCCACCCUCAUCGCCCCAGAGGCCAGCGCAACAGCAAAAUGCUGUUUUCGCAGGCCCACCACCUCAAGGCGCACCUCAGCUGCCGCCACAGAUGUUCACAACGGCUGCGCAGCUCCUGGAUCUCACAGACAAGAAACUCCUCCUGGUCCUCCGCGAUGGAAGCAAACUCUUCGGCGUCCUACGCUCGUGGGACCAAUUCGCCAACCUUGUCCUAACGGACACGCGGCAGCGGUAUUUCGUUAGUAUCCCUCCCAACAACACCGCCAGCAAUCCGUCCGAGUCAUCCUCCUCGCGCAAUCUCUACUGCGACAUUCCGCGGGGCAUAUAUCUAGUUCGCGGCGAGAAUGUGCUGUUACUAGGCGAAGUGGACUUGGACAGAGAUGACGACCCGCCGCCGGGGUACGAAGAGGGUGAGGCCGAGGAGGUUUUCCGUAUCCAGCGCGCAAUGGAAGCCGAAAGGAAAAAGCGGGAUAAAUCUAAAGGACGAAAAGUCGCAGAGCUUUGGGGCGGAGAGAUGGAGGGCAGUGGCGAGGUGUUGUUCUGA